AUGGCAGCGACUCCAAUGCAAGGCAAAUGGGUUCAGCUUAAACAGAAAGGAAACGGACCAGGAGCAAGAAGCUCUCACGCCAUAGCUCUUGUGGGAAACAAAGUCUAUUCCUUUGGCGGAGAGUUCGAACCGCGUGUCCCCGUCGACAACCAUCUCUACGUUUUCAACCUCGACACUGAGACAUGGUCCAUCCAGGAGGCUUCAGGGGAGGCUCCUCCUCCUCGAGUAGGUGUAGCCAUGGCUGCAGUGGGACACAUCAUCUACUUCUUCGGUGGCCGGGACGCAGUUCACCAGGAGCUCAACGAGCUCUACUCUUUCGACACUUCCACCAACACGUGGAAGCUACUCUCUUCAGGGGAAACCGGUCCGGAAAACCGGAGCUUCCACUCCAUCGCUGCUGAUUCUCAGAACGUUUAUGUCUUUGGUGGCUGCGGAGUCGAAGGGCGUCUCAACGAUCUGUGGGCUUACAACGUCGUUGAUCAGAAAUGGGUCAAGUUCCCGUCUCCGGGAGAAGCAUGUAAAGGAAGAGGCGGUCCAGGGCUGGAGGUUGUUGAAGGGAAGAUCUGGGUGGUGUAUGGAUUCACAGGAGAUGAAGCCGACGACGUUUACUGUUUCGACAUAGCGAAAGGAGAAUGGAGAGAAGUGGAGACGAAAGGCGAGAAACCGUCUCCAAGAAGUGUGUUUUCGACUGCGGUUGUUGGGAAGCAGAUUGUGAUAUUUGGAGGGGAGGUUGAUCCGAGUGAUUUGGGGCAUAUGGGAGCUGGGAGCUUCACAGGUGAAGCUUAUGGGUUGGAUACAGAGACGGCGGAGUGGAGGAAAUGGGAGGAUGGGUUUGGAACAGAGGAGCAUCCUGGACCUAGAGGAUGGUGUGCGUUUGCGGCUGGGUCAAGGGAUGGUAAGGAAGGUUUGUUGGUUUAUGGAGGAAACUCGCCGAGCAAUGAUAGGCUUGAUGAUAUCUUCUUCUUCACUCCCAACUCUACUCAUGUUAUCGCCAACUAA